AUGACCUUCACACCACCAGCCACCCAACCAGGCCUGGUUGUCGACGAGCAUGACAACGUGGUCGUACGGCCUGACUGCCCCUUCCCGCCCCUGCCGCCCGACCAGGUCCUGGUGCGAGUGCGGGCUGUCGGCGUUAACCCCAGUGACACCAAGAUGCGUGGGCCCUUUGCCGUCCCCCAAGCGAUCCUCGGCGCAGAUUUUGCCGGCGACGUGGUGGCGGUCGGUUCAGAGGUCAAGGACGUGGCGGUGGGUGACCGUGUUUGUGGAGCGCAGAACGAAUUGUUCAAACCCAGUCCCGAGAGGGGCGCGUUUGCCGGGUACAAUGUGACUCGCGGGCGCAUGUGGAUGAAGAUUCCAGACGACUGGAGCUACGAAGCUGCUGCAAGCUUGCCUGUCGGUUUAUGCACUGCGGGUCUGGCCUUGAAGCUGUUGGGGCUGCCGUUGCCGGAUGCCCCGGUUGAGAAGGGGUCUCAUGUGCUGGUUUAUGGCGGAAGUACUGCCACGGCAACGAUUGCUAUGCAGUUGUUGAGACUGUCCGGCAUGAUCCCCAUCGCCGUCUGCUCGCCUAAAAACUUUGCACUGGCCAAAAGCAACGGGGCCGAAGAGGUGUUUGACCGAAACGAUAAGGAGUGCGCGCAAAAGAUUAAAGCGUACGCGAAAAAUCUCAAAUACGCCCUCGACUGCAUAACCAGCGUCGAAUCGACCGUCCUCUGCUUCAGCACCAUCGGGCGCGCGGGCGGCAGAUACGUAUCCCUGGACCCCUGGCAGGAACACGCGGCCACGCGUAAGGUGGUGAAAUGUGAUUUUACCGUCGGCCCUCGGGUUUUUGGCGAAGGGUGUACGUGGCCGGCGCCUUACGGGAGUGAUCCGGAUGACGAACUCAAGGAAUAUGGGGUCAAACUCUGGGAUGUAGCGACACAACUGGUUCACGACGGAAAGCUUAAGCACCAUCCCCUGCGGAUCAUAGAUGGUGGGUUCGAAGCAAUCAUGGCCGGGAUGGACAUGAUAAGGGAAAAGAAGCUGUCUGGAAACAAGGUUGUUGUGCGGAUGUAA